AUGGAGUCCAACAACGGUCCAGUCCUGUUUUCCUCAGGAAACGCAUUGCUCCAUGCGGAGCAUCUCUCACAUGCUAACCCUGCCUCGGAGGGAUUGUCUGGUCUCCCCAUGGGCUUUCCCGCUCACUUGGGUCAGGCGUUUUCCUGGACAGGAAACCAAGUCAAUGAUCAUGAGCCCCGCUUCGUCUAUCAUUUGACUGAGGAGAACCUGGUAGAGGUCCGUUCCGCAAAGGACCACUUCAAAUCGUUGGAACUGGAUGGUGAUCUAGUCAACCGGGACAAUUUUCCCCUUCCCACACUUGGUCCCAAACUAGAUGAGCUUAGUCAUGAUAUUCACAAUGGCAGCGGCCUCUGCGUUAUUCGUGGAGUCAACCCGGAGGAAUACUCCGUUGAAGACUUGACCAUCGUAUGGCUUGGUAUUCAAGCAUACAUCGCUGACCAGCGAGGAUGCCAAGACCAUCGAGGCAACAUGCUUGUCCACAUCGUGGCAGACAGCUCCUCUCAGCUGAAGUUAGGCCACCACCGUCAUUCUACCUCUGCUAUUUCGUUCCACAACGAGGAGGCUGGCGACGUGGUUGCUUGGUUGACUCGUAGCACAGCAGCAGCCGGAGGCAAGUGCAUCGUUGCGUCGGCUUAUACCAUCUACAACAUCCUGGCGGCCCAUCGUCCCGACAUUAUUCGCACCCUUGCGAAGUCGGACUGGCCAUUUGCUUUUCCGCGCUUCCAAUGCCGACCCAUUUUAUUCCACCACAACUCGAGACUGGUGAUGAACUUUGGUCGUACGCCCCUAUUGGGAAAUGCCAUCCACCCACGCCCAGAGAACCUCCCAAAGCUCAACGAUCGCCAGCGCGAGGCUCUUGACGUGGUGGAAGCGAUUGCCCAAGCGGUCCAGCUCGAGAUCAAGACCCAAGCUGGCGAUAUGCAUUUCAUCAACAACCUUGCUGUUCUCCACAGACGCGAGGGAUUCGUCGAUGGCGACUCUCCUCAGCGCAAGCGACACUUAGUUCGCAUGAGACUACGCAGCUCACAGCAAGGGUGGGACAUACCGGACGAACUGAAGCGGGAAUGGCAUGAUGCAUUCGACGCGGACACCUACCAGACGUGGCACCUGGAACCGAUGCCUGGCGACGUGUUCCCUCUUCGUAAGUACACUAACUAA